AUGAGCGACGACGACCAUGAGGAAGUGCCCCGUAUCGACGCCGCGGCCUUGUCUUACGAAGCGUUUUGCGAGCUGUAUAUGGCCCCCAACCGCCCAGUGCUGAUCCGAAACAUCGGGUUGGACUGGCCCAUCUACCACGCGUGGCGACGAAGCGAACACAACGACGUCAACCAUGCGUACUUGCGGGCAACGUUUGGCCACGCCACCGUCCCAGUCGUGGGCUACGGCAGGUUGGACGCAUAUGGCGAAGAAGAUCGCUGCACGAUGCCACUAGCCAUGUACUUGACGCUGUUGGAGUCUGGCGAGGCACAAGCUGCGCAAAAAUACAUGAAGGACUGGCAUUUCACGCGGGAUUUUCCGCAUGGCCCUGUGUACACCACGCCCGAGUAUUUUCAAGACGAUUGGCUCAACUGGUGGUGGGACCAGCAAGCAGACAUCCACGACGACUACCGGUUUGUGUACCUUGGCCCAGCCAACUCGACGACGCCACUACACCACGACGUGCUUUUGUCGUACAGCUGGUCAAUCAACAUUUGUGGCAAGAAGGAAUGGCUUAUGUUUCCGCCCACUGAAACGUGGAAGUUACGCGAUCGGUCUGGUCGAUACACCGCGCCCAGCGCUAACACAGUCGAUGCGACUGCAUUUCCCAACGUGACAUCUGCCCGCUACAUUAAAGUGGUGCAGGAGGUAGGGGAAGCACUGUUUGUGCCGAGUGGGUGGUACCACCAAGUGCGAAAUCUGGAGGGCACCACGUUAUCAAUCAACCACAACUGGUUCAACGCGUACUCCUUGGAACGGAUGUGGGCGUUUAUGCAAGCAGAACUCCACGCUGUGGAACAAGAGAUAGACCAUUGUCGGGAGACAUUCGACUCGGACGACGACUGGCAUCAUCAUUGCCAAGUGCUGCUUCGAGCCAACAUUGGCAUGCAUUUCAACGAGUUUGCCGCCCUAUUGCAGGCUCGAAAGGACUGGUACUUGACGACAGUAUCACCACCAACCUCGGAUGCCCGCCCCAGCCCAACUAGUAUCGUCAACACGACGUUUAGCCUACAACAGAUCGACAAGGUGCUUGGUGCUAUGCGUGCACACUCGUCGCAAGGCGGUAGUGCUCCAGUUCAAACGUAG